AUGCUCAAUACUUCCACUGCUCAUGCCCAGAGGUCAUACCCGGCCGACACCUUACCACAUAAACUACCAAACAUCAACCAAACCGGUUAUUCUUCUCCUAAACCACAAUGGAAUCAAGACAAGUCUCAUACUAGGUUCAACACACCUAAACGUCCACAAUUCAUCAACAAUACCAAACCCCAUCGUAAUUUCAAACAAUUCUCCAAGCGUCGUAAUUACCAGCAUUCCAACAGGAAUCAAUCCAAUCAACAUAACACAUGUUGUAGAGACCCUCAAAAUAAAUUAAAACAGAAUUGCUCCAACGCUUUAUCAAAGGCUCCAAAACCAGGUGCUCAUGAGGUACAACAUAUUGCAGAACAUGAACAAACACACUUCAGAUCCCUCAGCGAUUCCUUCACCUUCUGA